GUUAAACGCUAUUGACUUUAAUGUCAACAUUGGAACUUUAAACAGUGUUUCCUAUACUUUAUCUCAUUCCAAUUGAAGACAAAAUUUUCAAAGAUUGGAAUUAAAAAUCAAAUUGCAUUUUAAUUUUGCUGUUUGAUAAAUAUAUUACUUCAAGGACAGUAAUAAGUGGAUGUUUUGUUAAAAAAGUUUAUUCUUAACAAGUGAAAAAUUUUCUUUUUAAAAAGGAGAAGUAUUUCUUUGUUUUAAAUACAAGAAAAAUAAUUGUGGUUUAAAUUACACAGUUGAGUCAUACAUUACAAAAGAAAAUAUAAAGGAAUUGUUCUUUUAUGUUUGGUGUUCAUUAACAACAGAAUAUGGAAUAGUGAAUUCUGAAUUUGGAUUUUAUUUUUUCUGAACUGAGCUAUAAUCAUUAUAAGGCUGUGAAACCUCAAGAUGAAUGGCUGAAUGAUGUCCAGGGUCUCUGACGUGGCAAGGAGCGGCUAUCAGAUGGCGCCACAUCAGUACAGACGUAAUGUAAACAAACAACCAGAAAUCUAUGAUAUAAAUAGUGAUCUACCAGAAAAUAACAGUUAUCCUGCACAUGACAAUGAACCAGAACUGUAUUGUUUUGAAGAUUUUAUCCCCAGUGAUGAACCAGUCCAGUAUUGUAAUGUAGAAUCCAUGCAUCCCAGUGAAAUGACCUGUCUGUCAUGUAUUAACAAUAACAAGCAAAGACAGCUGCACAGAUCUAAGACAUUACCUGUGAUACACUCACCAUACCAGUGUACAGAUGAAGAUGAAUUACCAGGCUGUCAACAUAUGGUGCAGGGAGCCAUGGAUAAUACUCCUAGAUGGUCCAAUAGAAGUCCUGAUAGUUCAGAAUACUCUGGAUCUUGUGGUAGUGAGAGCGGUCGGACGAAGAUGAGGUCCAGGAAAUACCGGGUCAGAAGUUUGAGUCGAGAAAGAAAGUCACAGAGAAGGACAAGAAGAUGCUCAGGCAGCUCAGAUCAAAGCUCUGCCUGGAAUUUCGAAGAUGAUACAGAUUCAACAACUUCCUCAGAAACAAUGACAAGUGUGUCAGAUGAUGUUCCCAAUAUUGGUUCUAGUCAGUUAUACUACACAACACCACCUAAAACAAACAUGGUACGCAAUCAAGAUGACAAAAGUAUUGGAAUUCACAAAGUAACGAGAUGUUUGAGUCAAAAAGAUAGAAUAAAGAAUGAUGUAUUACAAGAACGACAACGAUCAGUUAGUCUGGACUGUGGUGAUGGAAGAACAAUAAAGAUAUUUAUGUCACAGAACAAUGAUACGUCACCAUCCAGAGAUACCCCCUCUGGUCUGUUACCCUCCCCGAGUGCACCAGCUCAACUCAGAAACAUGAAUGGAUACCAGUCCUCUCACCGUGGAUCCAAAAUACUCGUCUCAGCAAAGAAAAGAGGGUCUACAAGCAGUGAUACGGACAUUCUGUCUCCACAUAAAAUGUAUGAGAGACGGAGGUCUGAUAGAGGGAAACUAUCUGGAGAUGCUUCAUCUUUGUUUGAAGUGGUAGAACAACAAGACAUAGACUCUGUCAAGGCUAUUCUGGAAAGUCAUACUGUUAAUGUUAAUAGUUUGAAUGGUGAGAGAUUAACUCCCCUUGAUGUAGCAGUGAUGACCAAUAAUAUUCCAAUGGCUAAAUUACUGCUGAGUUAUGGUGCAAGAGAAAGUCCUAUGUUUUUGAGGAUAGACAGUAGAUCAGCUAAGUUAGAUGAACUGGUAAUGGAUGCAGAGAAACGGGUGGUAGAUUUAUCAGCAGCCAUUCUCAAUGCUUCAGCAAGCAGUGGAUCUCUCUCAACUACGCAACAAAAGGAGAAUGAGAAGCAGUUAAGUCACUGGGAGUUCAGGCACAAAUUAUUAAAAAGAAUGAAAGCAGGAUACGAUCAUGCAAGAAUGCCUGACCCUCCAAGUUAUGUGAGUUUGACAGUGGCCAGUAGUUCCUCUUUACUUGUACGAUUUGAUGAGCCUCUUAAUCAUAAUGGUGCAGUUGUUACUAAAUAUAAAGUGGAAUGGAGUUGUUUUGAAGACUUUAUGCCAUUAGCUGGAGAGAGCAUUGUAGAGAAUAUGAGACAGUUAGAGUACGAGAUUGAAGGUCUGGCGAAGGGUAACAGAUACUAUGUACGAGUGGCAGCAUGGAACAUGAAGGGAUACAGUCCAUAUUCUUCAGCAAAACCUUCAUAUGCUGUGCCAUCAAGUUGGAGAGAUGUAGACGGGAAUGCAAUGUCUCGAACAGAAGGAAAAAAUAAAUUAAUGGACGAAUUAUUCUCCCAAGUGAAACAUUUGAGGCCUCCAGAUGCAUCCGAACUAAAAGAAAAUACCGGUGGUGAUUCCCCUCAACAAAGAAAGAGAAAAAGUAUUAAAAAUCUGUUUACCUCAGCUCCAAAGUUUUAUAAAACAUUAAAACGUGGAGUUUAUUUAGCUUGCCUAUUAUACAAUGGUGACAAAGUUCUGGUGACGGGAGAUGAUCAGUUACCGAUAGUAGAGGUGGAUGAGAAUUUCUCAGGACCAAGUGUCUACAAUGAUUUUCAUUGGCUGAUGAAGGUAUCCUGUACCUGGGAGGAUGUUAAGUCAUUACGACAAGACAUGGAUAAAAAUACUAGUGCUGGAACCAUGCAUUUUAGGAGUAAACUUUUACAGGCAGUCUCUAUUAUGCAGAGCUCUUUAGGUGUACAAGAUAUAGGUCAGUUCCAUUUUAAGCCAUUGAAGGACCCCAAUGGAUGUAUAAUACUAACUACUGUGUGCAAUAUUAAAGAUCCAAAGACUGUUAUCCUGGGGUCAGGGAGGUGGAUCAGCUUUGCCAAAUUAUUACGGAGAUCCUCCGCAGCAUUACAAGAAUUACAAGAUUCUCCUGACAUUUUACACUCAUCUAUAGGCGAGAUGAUUUUAUACCACCAAGUCAGUACUAUCCCUCUAGCCAAAGGACUAUACAUAUGUUAUCUGAAGUUACAAGUAGCUGUUGAUCUCAUACAAGUUCUUGUACCUAAAAAAGCACCAAAUGUUCUUCCUUAUGUCAAAGUCAGAGACUGUCCAAAUGUUUCAAGAGAAGAAUGGGAAUGGCUACAAACAAUAAAUGCAGAUCAGCAUGUGGCGCCACCUACAAGUACUCAAGAACAGUUUCGCAAUCAAAUUAACCAUUCUACAAAUAAGCUGUUUAGCAUGUUAGAAGUUUCAGAGAACAUGGCUGGCAGUCAUAGAUUAUAUGAUCUAGAAGUGAUGGAGUUUAGUAAUGAUGUUACAUUCCUGUUGGUGCUGCCCCCUGUUGAGGAUGUCUGUAUUGUACCAGGUCAACGUGACUUACUUACAGAGAAAAGAGAUUUUAUGUUGCUUCCAGUUCAAGUUUUUGAAAUGAUUCAUAUGUGUACAUACAGACCUGAUUUGAUUGGUCGAUAUGCAAGGUUAUCAGCUGUAUUGGAAAUGGAUGUUAGUCUAGCACAGCAGGCACAACGUGAGGCAUUUUCUGAUGAAGAAGUGAAUGGUACCAGAGACAGAGUGGAUAGAUUAAACAGUUUACAACAAUCUUUAGAUCGUUCCUGGAAAGGCACACGUUGGAUUAUGGAUUUAAUUACAUUUGCAAGAGACAAAUCAUCGCGAGGUGGCAUACCGUGUAGUAUGUUAGACAAUUCCUCUAAUGACGCAUUCUCACCAAAGAUUAACGAUGACAAUGUGUUUGAUAAUAAUAACUCUCAUCCCAGUUGUGGAUCGGCUGGUUGUGAUUCAAAUGAGAUAAGUGUUGGUAAAGACAAUCGAAAAAUUGCUAAAUUUUACGACCCAAAUGAAGAAGUGUCAAAAAAUAACGGGCAUGUGCAAAAAGAAUCUUCACAUUCGUCGUCGGGAAUUUUACAAGUAUAUGUGGCGUAUGAAACAGGACUAUCAAAAGGAACGCGAGUUAGACUGCAUGUGACGGAAAAAACUACAGCACGAGAAGUUGUGACGCUUGUUGUGAAACAGUUAAAUAAAGCAGUGACUUCAAAAGGCAAAUGUGGUCCUAUUUAUGGUGAGGAUGAACUUGAUAAAUUCUGUCUGGUGGCUGUGAUAGGUGCUAGAGAAAGGAUACUGAGAGACGAUUAUCAUCCAUUACAAUUACAAAAUCCAUGGACUAAAGGGAAAUUGUAUGUCAGAAUGAAACGCAAUUUAUUAGCGGCCAUUCAACAGGGUCAUGCAACAGAAGUAUAACAUUGUGUCAUUAUCUCAUUCAUAUUUAAAAGUUAACCAUUGUUCAGUGCUUUCAUAUUUCCAUAUCAUUUAUACUAUACAAGUGUGAUAAAUCGGUGAUAGAACUUUUUUUUGUCUUUUUUUUAUAUGAAUGGUGACUUUAUAUACUGGUACUAAUGUACCUAAUUGACUGUGAUGCAGUAUUUUGUAGUUGAAAGUUGAUGGUCGUAAUUUGUUGAGUUUAAUGAAUAUAAUUAGUGCAGAACAAGGAACUUGAUCAUGUUGAUGUAAGAAAGAAUGUAUUUGUUAUUAUGUAUUACAACUUAAUUUAUUUUGGUUAAUGUUAAGAGUCAAUAUUUAUUAAAGGAAACAAAAUACUCAUUUUAUUGUGAGAGGAAUUUCUUCAUUAUUUAUAUCAUAAUUUAUUAAUUUUAAAAUUUUGGAAAUAAUUUCUUGAAAUAUGAUUGUAACUUUUUUUUAUUUGAAAUUUCAUAACUCGAGACGAUUAUAAUGUUGAAUUUAAAUUUCAUAAUUCGAGACAAUUAUAAUGUUUAAUUUGAAAUUUCGAAAAAUCAAGACGAAAACAUUUGAAAUUCAGAAGUCAAAAAGGAUAAUAAUCUUAAUUUGAAAGUGAAAAUCACAAUAUUUUAUGUAACACAUUUCAAUGUACUGUACAUCAUUUCGUUCAUGUACAUUUGUUUUGCUUAAUUACUCAUAAAACCCUAGUCAAGCCAUAUUACAUAUAGACUUUAACCAAUGUCUAAUAACUAGUCAAGUCACUUUUAACAAAUGACGACGAUUCCAUCCACAUUAUUUUUAAUUUUCAUCUUUAAGUUUUGUAUUGAUUAAUAUUUUCUCAUCAUGGGAUAUGACGUGCAAUCAAAAUACUGUGAAAUUAUGCAAAAUUUGAGUAGUACCAUAGUCACAUUCUAAUCUAAAUUUACAUGUAAUACAUUUUUGGGUGUUAAAUGUGAAUUUGUUUUUAUACGACCGCAAAAUUUGAAAAUUUUUUCGUCGUAUAUUGCUAUCAUGUUGGCGUCGUCGUCGUCCGAAUACUUUUAGUUUUCGCACUCUAACUUUAGUAAAAGUGAAUAGAAAUCUAUGAAAUUUUAACACAAGGUCUAUGACCACAAAAGGAAGGUUGGUAUUGAUUUUGGGAGUUUUGGUCCCAACAUUUUAGGAAUUAGGGGCCAAAAAUGGCCCAAAUAAGCAUUUUCUUGGUUUUCGCACUAUAACUUUAGUUUAUGUCAAUAGAAAUCUAUGAAAUAUUGACACAAGGUUUAUAACCACAAAAGAAAGGUUGGGAUUGAUUUUUGGGAGUUUUGGUUUCAACAGUUUAGGAAUUAGGGGGCAAAAAAGGGCCCAAAUAAGCAUUAUUCUUGGUUUUCGCACAAUAACUUUAGUUUAAGUAAAUAGAAAUCAAUGAAAUUUAAACACAAGGUUUAUAACCACAAAAGAAAGGUUGGGAUUGAUUUUUGGGAGUUUUGGUCCCAACAGUUUAGGAAUAAGGGGCCAAAAAGGGACCCAAAUAAGCAUUUUUCUUGGUUUUCGCACAAUAACGUUAGUAUAAAUAAAUAGAAAUCUAUAAAAAUUUAAACACAAGGUUUAUGACCAUAAAAGGAAGGUGGGUAUUGAUUUUGGGAGUUUUGGUCCCAACCGUUUAGGAAAAAGGGGCCCAAAGGGUCCAAAAUUAAACUUAUGUUUGAUUUCAUCAAAAUUGAAUAAUUGGGGUUCUUUGAUAUGCCGAAUCUAACUGUGUAUGUAGAUUUUUAACUUUUGGUCCUGCUUUUAUAUUGAUCUACAUUAAGGUCCAAAGGGUCAAAAUUAAACUUAGUUUGAUUUUGACAAAAAAAUGAAUUGGUUGGGUUCUUUGAUAUGCUGAAUCUAAAAAUGUACUUAGAUUCUUGAUUAUUGGCCCAGUUUUCAAGUUGGUCCAAAUCGGGGUCCAAUUAAACUUUGUUUGAUUUCAUCAAAAAUUGAAUAAAUGGGGUUCUUUGAUAUGCCAAAUGUAACUGUGUAUGCAGAUUCUUCAUUUUUGGUCCUGUUUUCAAAUUGGUCUACAUUAAAGUCCAAAGGGGCCAAAAUUAAACUUAGUUUGAUUUUAACAAAAAUUGAAAUCUUGGGGUUCUUUGAUAUGCUGAAUCCAAACAUGUACUUAGAUUUUUGAUUAUGGGCCCAGUUUUCAAGUUGGUCCAAAUCAGGAUCUAAAAUUAUUAUAUUAAGUAUUGUGCAAUAGCAAGUCUUUUCAAUCGCAAAGUAUUGCACAAUGGCAAGAAAUAUCUAAUUGCACAAUAUUGUGAAAUAGCAAAUUUUUUUUUCAAUUAGAGUUAUCUUUCUUUGUCCAGAAUAGUAAGCAAGAAAUAUCUAAUUGCACAAUAUUGUGCAAUAGCAAGAUUUUUUUUAAUUGGAGUUAUCUUUCUUUGUCCAGAAUCAACUUAAAUCUUUGUUAUAUACAAUAUACAAUGUAUGUUCACUUUUUACUACCAACUGAUAAAUUAAAAUAAUCUUUACCAUUCAGUGAUAACAAGCAUUUUUUUUACAUUGUAAUAUUUUAUGAUGUAUUUAAAUGAGUAGUUAUUGUUGCAAACUCCAUUAGAAAUUUUAAUUGAGAUUAGUUUUGGAAUAAGGGAAAGGGGGAUGUGAUUAAAAAAAUUGGGUCCAAUUUCUCUCAUUUGAAAUUUCAUAAAUAAAAAGAAAAUUUCUUCAAACAUUUUUUUGAGAGGAUUAAUAUUCAACAGCAUAGUGAAUUGCUCUAAGAGAAAACAAAAAUUUUAAGUUCAUUAGAACACAUUCAUUCUGUGUCAGAAACCUAUGCUGUGUCAACUAUUUAAUCACAAUCCAAAUUUAAAGCUGAAUCCAGCUUGAAUGUUGUGUCCAUACUUGCCCCAACCGUUCAGGGUUCAACCUCUGCGGUCGUAUAAAGCUACGCCCUGCAGAGCAUCUGGUUUUGUUUGUGAUCAUGCAAACAACAUGAAACUUACUGACUAAAGUCUGUUACUGACUUAUUGUAAGUUUUGUAUUUUUUUUGAGUAACCUAGUUAAACAAGAAAAAUUCUAUAAAUCAGUUUCAAUAACUUUGGACUAAGAGGGACACUCUCCUCAUUCAUACAGCUUGAGUAUCUCAGAAUGUAAAAGUAAGUUCAAUCCCAUGUAAUUUGCAUGUAUACAAAUGGUAUCUUAUGAAUAUUCAUGAUUUCACAGUAUCACUAAUUUUCUUCCAUAAUGAAUUGUUUAAUGAAUUGUUUUGAUUUAUAUGUAGGAAGCUUUUAAUGCUAGGUACAUGUAUUUAUAAAACAGGUAUUGCAAUGUUUUUUUCCAUUCAGUGGCAGUUCUUUUGAAGAAGAGCUUUGUCUUUUUACUGAUGAUUUUGGUUUACAUAAGCUAAUCCAUUUUUUUUCUGAAAUUUUGAAGAACUGAUUAAUAUUUUUUCAAUUUUAAUAUUUUUAUAGACAUAGAAAUGACAUAA